AUGUCAAAGCCAAUGGAUCACGUCAAACGCCCGAUGAACGCUUUCAUGGUUUGGUCCAGAGCCCAGCGAAGAAAAAUGGCUCAGGAAAACCCGAAAAUGCACAACUCCGAGAUCAGCAAGAGGUUGGGAGCGGAGUGGAAACUUCUCACCGAGUCUGAGAAAAGGCCAUUCAUUGACGAAGCCAAACGGCUGCGAGCGAUGCACAUGAAGGAGCACCCAGACUAUAAAUACAGACCGAGGCGGAAGCCCAAGACUCUGAUGAAAAAAGAUAAGUUUUCUUUCCCGGUGCCCUACAAUCUCGGAGAGCACGACGCGCUCAAAGUGAACGGGCUUACCGCUGGAGCACUUUCCGAGUCCGUCCUUGGGAACCCUGAUAAGGCAGCAGCGGCGGCAGCGGCCGCAGCAGCCAGAGUGUUCUUCAACCCAUCCAUGUCCACGAACCCUUAUUCCUUUUUCGACCUGGGAUCCAAGAUGACUGAGCUUUCCCCGCAUUCGUUUCCGUACGCGUCUCCGUUGGGCUACCCGCCGGGAGGCGCCACGGCUUUCACCGGGACUGGCAGUGUAGGUGGCGGGACGCACACCCACACUCACUCACACCCGUCCCCUGGAAACCCGGGCUACAUGAUCCCCUGUAACUGUACGACCUGGCCCUCAGCAGGACUCCAGCCGCCCUUAGCAUACAUCCUCCUGCCCGGCAUGGGAAAACCUCAACUUGAACCGUACCCUGCAUAUGCUGCGGCGUUAUGA